AUGGAGGAGUCAAACUCCCAGCCUGCAACCGACAGGCGAGUCACUCCAGCAGCGAAAAAGUUCUCCAUCUUCGAUGUUCCAGCACCUUUGCGAGAGCUGUUCACCCGCUUCCCACUCUACACCUACGACGCGAACGAGCUUCCACUCAAUGCUCCCACGCGACGAACCGAGCAUUCUCUUCACAUCUUCUCAACAACAGACGAUGCAGCGAAGGGUCGACCGAGCUUCAACCCGAGUUGUCUGAAGUGGCAGGCGUUCCUGAGAUUCGCUGGUCUGCCAUUCCGUCUCGUACCCUCCAGCAACCAUGCUUCUCCCUCUGGAGCACUACCUUUCCUACAACCAGCACUGUCAAGUCCGGAAUCAAGUCCAGUCCCACCUAUACCGAGCAACAAGUUGAAGAAGUGGUUAGCAGCACAGAAGUUGGGACAAAACAUUGGGGAGGUGGAGGAUAUACGAUAUGAGGCAUACGCUUCGUUACUGGAUAACAGGUUACGAAAGGCUUGGCUCUACCAGCUCUACCUCGCACCGGAGAACUCUCCCCUCGUCCAUCGCCUCUAUGUCGCGCCAUGCUCAUCACAGCCCUUCGUACAAAUGUCAAUAGCACAGCAGCUUCGCACAGCGGCUGAAGCAGAGCUCGUAAAGUCCGCAGCGACUAACAUUGUUUCCGCCCCGGAUCUGAUUCGCGAAGCGGAUGAAGCGUUCGAAUCGCUGUCGAAUUUGCUGGGGAAGGAGAGAUGGUUCUUCGGACAGGACGAACCAGGGUUGUUCGAUGCGAGUGUUUUUGCCUAUACGCAUCUUCUGUUGGAGGAGAGGCUGGGAUGGAGGCAUAAUCCGCUGGAGGAGGUUCUGCAGAGGUGGCCGAAUUUGGUGUGGCACCGGGAUAGGGUUGUGGUGCGAUACUUUGAGGGAUGA